UCAACAUAUCCAUCAACAUUAACGAUGACAAAACUAAUGACAAUCGCGUUGUUUUUGUCGGCUAUAAUAUUGAUGGUUGGUUCAUGUGAGGCUCAAUUGAGCUCCACCUUCUACUCAACCACGUGCCCAAACAUAUCGAGCGUAGUUCAAGGAGUCCUCCAGCCCGCCUUUCGUAGUGACGUUCGAAUCAGCGCUAAAAUCAUACGCAUGCACUUCCACGACUGCAUGGUCAAUGGUUGUGAUGGCUCGUUGUUGUUGGACAAUGGUAACGGAAUACAAAGCGAGAAAGAUGCAGUUCCUAAUCAAUCAAUCACCGGCUUUAAUGUAAUCGAUGAUAUUAAAACUGCAUUGGAAAAUGUGUGCCCUAAUGUCGUAUCAUGUGCUGAUAUUCUCGCUAUAGCUUCUCAGAUCGGAGUUGGUUUGGCUGGUGGACCAACUUGGGCAGUCGAAUUAGGAAGACGAGAUAGUCGGACAGCAAACCAAGCUGGAACAAGUGCAAUUCCAAGCCCUUUUGAAUUGCUCAACGAUUUGGAGAAUAAAUUCACCAACGUUGGACUUGAUUCCACUGACCUAGUCGCAUUAUCUGGGGCACACUCUUUUGGACGAGCCCGGUGUGCCACAUUCGUGGGUAGGCUCUACAACUUCACCAACGGCAACCCUGAUCCGACCAUUGACACAACAUAUCUCCAGACACUUCGUCAGACAUGCCCUCAAGGUGGGAACGCAAAUGCGAUUGAGAAUCUUGAUCAAGACACACCGGACACUUUUGACAAUAGUUAUUUCACAAACCUCCAAACGAACAAAGGGCUCCUCACAAGUGACCAAGUUUUGUUCUCCACGUCUGGUGGAGACACUGUGAACAUCGUAAGUCGAUUUGGUGGUAGUCAAACUGCAUUCUUUGAUGCGUUUGGCAAGUCUAUGAUCAAGAUGGGAGCAAUAAGCACUUUAACCGGAACAAACGGGGAGAUUAGGACUAAUUGCAGAAACCCUAAUUAAGAUUUAUGCAUGGAUCCUAUUGAAGUAAGCCUGUGGAUUUUGAAAUUUGUGACCAAGUGUAACAAAUCUAUUUUAAGUUCAUCCUCAGAUGGAAUA